AUGCCCGUCCUAUCCUAUCCCUGUCCUCAUCCCCAUCCUAUAUCCCAUCGGCUCAGGCACCCCUCGGUGGUGAGGGGGGGCACAGGGCUGCCCCCCGUGGACCGGCUCUUGCAGUUCCUGGUGGACAGCUCGGCUGAUGGCGAGGAGGACGUGCACUGUGCCAACUGUGACCGGCGCUGUGCCAAGGCGGAGCUGGACACCAUGUACUUCUGCAACACCUGCGGGCAGCCCCUGUGUGCCCCGUGCCGCGAGGAGACCCACCGUGCCAAGAUGUUUGCCCGCCACGAGAUCGUCUCCCUGUCCAAGCGCACCAAGGACAUCCACAAGAAGAGCCGUCGGCUGGACCAGGCUGUGAUGGCUGUCAAGGAGCUGCAGACCUCGACACGUGAGGCCAUCGUGCUGCUCAAAGCCAUGAUCGAGGAGGUGCGGAACAGCGCCAGCGAGGAGGAGGCAGCCAUCAACUCCCUCUUCGGGCGCAUGCAGGAGCAGCUCUCUGAGAGAAAGAAGGCACUCCUGAAAGCCGUGCAGAGCCAGCAUGAGGAGAAGGAAAAGGCAUUCAAGGAGCAGCUCGCCCACCUUGCCUCCCUGCUGCCCACCCUGCAGGUCCAUCUGGUGACCUGCUCAGCUUUCCUAAGCUCCGCCAACAAAGCAGAGUUCCUGGACCUGGGAUAUCAACUGAUGGAGAGGCUGCAGAGGAUCGUCAAGCUGCCUCACCGCCUGCGGCCAGCCCAGACCAGCAAGAUCAACACCGAGUACCGGGCCGAGUUUGCCCGCUGCCUGGAGCCCCUGCUGAUGCUCAGCCCCCGCCGCUCCGUGGUGGGCAGCGCUGCCGGCGUCGGUCCCAGCCUGGCUGGAGCCAACAUGCACCCCGGCGGCCAGUGCUCCAAGACCCUGAUGGUGCCCAGCUGCGCCCCCGCCGGCGAUAAGAUGUCCACGGGGCCCAUAGUGCGGAAGCCAACGAUGCACCGGUACAUCAGCACCAAGGUCCUGCUGGCCGAGGGGCGCGAGACCCCCUUUGCCGAGCACUGCCGCAACUACGAGAACACCUACCGGAUGCUGCAAACAGAGAUCCAGGGCCUGAAGGACCAGGUGCAGGAGCUGCACCGUGACCUCACCAAGCACCACUCGCUCAUCAAGACGGAGAUCAUGAGCGAGAUCCUGCAGAAGUCCCUACAGAUGGACGUGCAGAUCGCAGCGCACUACUCGGCUGUGGAGAUGAUGCGCAGCGUCUUCGAGGAGGUCUGGGAGGAGACAUACCAGCGUGUGGCCAACGAGCAGGAGAUCUAUGAAGCCCAGCUCCACGACCUGCUGCAGCUGCGGCAGGGGAACAGCUCUCUCACCACCAUCACCAAGCAGAUCGCGCCCUAUGUCCGUUCCAUCGCCAAGGUGAAGGAGCGGCUGGAGCCCAGGCUGCAGGAGCCCCAGGACCCCAAGGAGGAACCAGCCCAGAUGCUGCUUAGGAUCUGUGAUGACAGCAAAGCAGCUCCAAGCCAAUGA